UAAGAUGGAUAAUGGUUACUUGCGACCGUUCAAAACUUCAAUAAGAAAAUUAACGGAGUCUAUAGAGAGUUUCUCGUAUCAAAAAUAAAAGGAAAAUAUCAGUACAAGCGGCAUUUUUAGUUGAAAAGAGAGCUAUGAUACUGCCGUCGCGCCACCGUCGUCGUCAACUACGACGUCGACGAUGGUAGCGGCGGUGAAAAGUUAAACGUUGGAAAAUGGCGGGCGUUGAAGCGGGAAAGCUGUGUCAUUAGUUAUGUAGAAUAUGGCUUAAUAUUGUAUUAUAAUGAUGAUUGCACUAUAGGUUCAGUUCCACAGUAGUCGUAUACCGUAUAGUGCUCGGGGUAGCGAUGGAGAUGGUGGUACGCGCAGUAGUUGACUUGAAGGAACGGCGCGGCGGAUACGAACAGGGUAGUUUUCCCCUACGUCAUUUUUCGCGCUGGUCCUGGUCGGUGUUCUGGUCGCGGGGUCGUUUGUCGGCGCAAAGAGAGGGAUGCGAAAUAGCGGUUACAUUGUUGUGAUGAACUUUAAAGGGCGUGGUUUACGAAUCGACAAACGACCAAUAAGCGAAGUUAAAAGUAUAUCUGAAAUUCAAUCUUCUCUCUUAUGCCAACGUUUUUGUGUCUGCGAAAGAGAAGAAAUAAUGUGAAAAGUAUCUUUUACCCCUUGUUAACCUUACAUAUCGCGCUCGUCUGGAUAUUUUCCAACCUUUUACUUCUUGCUUUUUGGUCGUGUGUGAGAGUGCUGUUUUUCCAACACAAAUCUCGGCGAUACGAUGGUGAGAGUGGUAUCGUUUUUCGACGUCGUCGUCUUCGUCUUUUCGUGGUUUAUUGGUGUCAAUUUAUAAAUUACGAGGGUUGACGCGCGUAUAAAGCGGUUAAAUUUCGUCGUGUUUUUUCCUCUCGUCUUUUUUUAUUAUUUUUUUGUUGGUCUCGAAAAAUAAAGCACGUGGUUCUCGAUCGUGAUUUUUCACCGUUCACGUUUAUAGGCGAUUAGAUUGCCGGUGAUUUCCGAUGCUGAAAAACAUGUCGAACGGAGACGAGGAAUCGGGGACUGCGAGUAUUUGUAGCCGAUCUCACGUCGUCAAAGCCGAACCAGAGCAUUAUUCCGAUCGAACAAUCACCGACAGCGAUGGAAGUUUGUCGCCUAACGAAACGAUGACCACUACGAACCGUACAAGUUUCUGUAUCGAUGCCUUAUUAGCCAAAGAUAAACGUAUCUGUACCAGUUCACCGGCUACAUCCACCAAUUCCCCUCAUAGUUCGAGAAGUGCUUCCAUAUCACCCGGAUCCGAAAUCCAGGAACUGGGCCGAGCUCCUUUCACCGACGACGGUAUUCAUUUACCUACAACCAUAUCCGGCCGAUCGUCUAAUCUGCUGAUGACCUCGGCCGCUGCCAUCUUAGCCAAUCAUGGCGGAGCUAAUCACGAUGGAAAUGUAACCCCCAAUGGGAAUUUCUACGGAUUGUAUCCGGUCGGAAGUUCGGCUUUUCAACCGUUACCACGAAUGGAUAUCAAUUCUAGGACUAUUGGAAAUAUACCCGGUGCUGUGAGUAAAAUGCUGACCAGUCCUGUGGGACAUUCGACGAUGACUGCUGGACACCUGCAGCAAAUGCAGCUCGAAUGGUUUGCCAGAGCUGGAAUGUUUUACGCUGGGCCUAGAUUACAAGAGUCUUCAGGUGCUCAUCCGCACUCUUUGUUGGGUAAAACGCGGAGGCCUCGGACUGCGUUUACUAGUCAGCAACUUUUAGAAUUGGAAAAACAAUUUAGACAAAAUAAAUAUUUAUCCAGGCCGAAAAGAUUCGAAGUCGCAACUAAUCUAAUGCUCACCGAAACACAAGUUAAAAUUUGGUUCCAAAAUCGUCGUAUGAAAUGGAAACGAAGUAAAAAAGCUCAACAAGAAGCGAAAGCUGCUUCCAAAGAAGAGCCUGAUAAGCGUUUGAUAAAUAACGCAUCUUCUCAAAAUACCUCAGUUCAACUUACCAGUCCGAAUAGCAAUAGUAAUAGCAGUAGCAAUACCAACGGCAAUUACAGCAAUUCUUCCAAUAUCAAUAACAACAAUAAUACUAGCAGUAAUAAUAAUUGUAAUUCUAAUAGUCAAAAUUCUGUCUCAAAUAAUGUCUCGUCUCAUAUCGCCGUUCUAAAUAAUAACACCACUCACACAAUUUUAAAUAAUCAUAUGAAAUCGAGUCUCGAUCAAAAUCAAAUCAAACACGCUGCCGAGACCGAGCAAACUAAAUUCCAUCAAAUCGCUCAUUUAGCUCAUUUAUCGCGAAAUCGUAUUCAAACUGAAAAUCUCAGAGAGACUUUAUACAGGCCGUAUACUUGACUUGGUAACGAGGCCCAAUUUUCUUCGAAUAGAUUUCCUCGUAUGUGAAAUUGUGAUCGUGGUGGGAAACAGAGAGAAAUUGGGUCCCAAUGAUGAUUUAAUGUUAAUUAGGCUGGUGCAAAAAAAAGUAGUCCUUGGGGAAAAUGAUGUUCAAUUUUACAGCCAAUUUUGAUAUUAUUGAUAUUUCUGCAAAAAAAAUUCAAAGUGGAGCGCUCAAUGCAAUAUUUGUGAAAAAUAAUCUACCUGGUACUGGAAUAGAAAUAGGAUGGUUAGGAAGGGCAAUGCGCGACGAAAUUUUCAACUAUCCGGGCGUCCGAGCGUUAUAAUUAAAUGUCGGUGCAAUUUGUUGUAAAUUUAGCCAACUGACAAAGGUAUAAAUGAAACCAGGCGAGUCGAGUAGAGUCGAAAGAGACGGGGAAAAAAUUUCAGGCAUCGGGUCCGCGUUGGUUGUGAAACUUUCCAAGCGGAAGGGAAGCGCGGAAAGGAGGGUAACAUGGCCCUGACGAGUAUUUUGGCAUUUAGAGGAGGCUUUUUGCGAAUAAGAAGCAGCUUAGGGGCGGGGGGUAGAGGGACAAAGUGAAAUUAAAGCUCGUUAGUCGGCAGAGUUGGCGGUGCGGUUUGGGUUAAAAGCGAGAGAACAAAUUCAUCGGUGGGCGGAAUGUUGGCUGCUUGACGUAGAAAUGUGGAUAAACGGUCGGGCUUUUGGGGAGAAAAGGCUAUAUAAGGCUGGGAUGGGGAGGGGGUGCAGAGUUGAGGGAAAGCACACGCGCGAACGCUAUACCGGUACGGAGAGCGAGAGAGUCAGAAGGGAACGAAUGGUUACAGCCGCAGUUCUAAUUAGCUCCAGAUUAAAGUAAUGUCAAGGGAGCUAUUAGGGACAUUUAGCUGUUAAUUAAAACUGUUAUUCGCUUUACAAAAAGGUGGCGCGAUCGUCGAAACGAGAUGGGGCAACGGGUUGGCGGGGAUGGCGUUUAGUACGCUCGUAAAAACUUCUGAUUAAUGGCCAACGGGAGAGGAAUAUAAUUCUAUUACUGGUCUUUGCAAAAACAUCAAACUGAAACCUUUACCAAAAGUGAGCUCCGGUAUUCUUUUUCGCUUAUUACAGUCAACGUGGUGUAUUGCUGCUCUCUGCCUGCGACUCUCGCAUCUUUUUUCCUCGCUCAACUUGUCGUCGUGUUGGUACUUGGUAGUAGGGUUUGCCACCUCGUGCGCUUUCUCAUCCUAAUUUGUCAAUUUUACCCUCCUUACUCGUUUUUAUUCCUCCGACCCUCGAGUUAAUGGUUCGAGUCUCGGCGUAGCAUUUUUUUUCGCAUUUUUCUUUCGCUCUCGUUCUUUCUCCGAAGAUGAAUUUUUUUAGGCACGUACUACAGUAAUUCGCAUUUAAUGAAUGGUACUUUUACACGCCCGUGUGUUUUUAUUAUGCUGUGUUUUUUUCCCUAACGUAUACGUCACGCGGAAACGAUAAAGUAUACAUAUAGACUCGAGAUACAUAUUUUCAAGCAUGUAAUUUUUUUUCACUGGUGAAGUAAAAAAAAGUGAGGAAUAGUGGUCUAUGAUGAGGUAAAAUUUGGUGUCAAAUGUGGAAUGAGUGUGUUGGAUUGUUUAUGUAUUAUUAUAGAGUAUCAAGUGACACAGUUCUGACUUCUGGCUGUUGUCUGCCUGAUGUUUCUAAUGAAAUGUCCAUUGUGUAUAUUAAAAUCGGUUGUUGUAUAGUUUUUACGUUAUUGAUCUUGUUAUGUAAAUUCUGAUUCCAAUUUUUAAGAAUUUCAAAUAAACCAUUUGAGUAUAAAA